GUAAUUUUUCGUUGAUAAGUUUCGGGCACACUACCUGUUUGCACAUAAACAAUGCCGAAAGUGUGUUAUAAGCAAAAUUUCCGCGAUUUGUGGUUAAAUGUUGACGAAUUUAAGGAGUGACUACACAAAGUACCAACUGACCUGACCCCACAGAAGCGUACUGCUGCCUUUGUAAGGCAACAAUUCGGGCCAAGUUGUGCGAGUUACGGCAGCAUGCGUUGACUAAAAAACACAUUGCGUCCAUUUUAAAAUUGGACCAAUUGUCAAUGAAUCCUAGCAUGACACACCCACUGAUUGUGGGCCAGCAAUGACGACUGCAUUGCUUACCUCAGCCUCGGCCAUGUACACGCAUCAGCAGCAGCAGCAGCAGCAGGCGCAGCCUUCGGGUCGCAAUUCUAUACUGAAGCAGCAGGGGAGUGUCAAGGGCGACAAGCGGGUAUCGAUUCAACAAACAUCGAGCAGUAAUCAUAACAACAACAACAACAACAACAACAACAAUAAUGCCAAGUCAGCAACGAAUGUUGAAUAUAUCUCCGAAGGAGCAGGAAGCAAAGUGCGACUAACCGCAAAGCCGCCAGCAGGACCCCGGCCAGCCUCGCUGAUCAUCACCAGGUCCGAUUCCAACUCACAGUUCCAGCUGCUACGCUCCUCCUCAGUGGACUAUGACGACGUAGAGGCCCAAGAGCACCGCACUACGAUCCGGACGACACUGCUAGAGCAACAGGAGGAGGAUGAAGCGGCACCGUUCGUGUUUACAGCGCGCAAAUGAUACAAUCUGAUAACCAGAUGGCAGCCAAGCUUAUUUACACAAUUUAGAUAUAGGGCCAGUCUUAAAUAAGCUAACUAACUAGCUAAUUACUGAAAGAGUUUGCAGCUGGAACUCGAGAGUUGUGGUUCCCCAAAAUAGAAUGUAAUCUAGCAAAAGACAA